AUGGCGACUGCUUCAGUGACUACUCCAAAGAAGAGCCACCAUGGGCUCUUUUCCUCAAAGACUGCAGGAGGUCGAAUGCCUUUGACCCCUUCCCCUCAUGCUCGUACUGUUGUCACUCCUCAAGCAUCGGGUAAUGAUUCACCAUUUACCCCGGUUCGGGGAUCCGACGCAGGUCGCAGUCAGUCUAAAUCCGUGUAUGGGGGAAAUUUGUCCUCGCUCUUCGCCAAAUCUUCCACUUCCAAGUCCACCUCCACCUCCACUAAACCUUCCACGACCAAAUCAUCGACUGCCACAUCUACCACUACUGUGAAGUCUUCCGCCACAGCCAAGUCCUCUCGACCAAGCUACCGUGAUUCCCCGAAGUCCAAUAUCGCUCGUCGAAAGUCACCAAAGCACCUGGAGCUAGGUGUGUCGGACUGGUCUCUGACUGGUACUGGCCCUUCUUCAGCUCAAUCACCGGCCAAGGAGCGUACUCGUCGGGAGAUCCCUACUCGCUCUCGUGCUGGUAAGACUACCGUGCGAAUUCCUCACAACACUGGCGAUCGCUUCAUCCCCAACCGUACUGCCAGUGAAGGCCUUGUUACUUCUGGUGCGGCCAAGCCUGACGAGACCCAGCGUCCCAAGACAAGCAGCGGAGAGAGCUCUGGAUCAAACGUCCUCGCCUCCGCUGCUAGUGCCUUUGACAUUAGCGGUCGCGGAGCGGAAGACGACCUGACUUCGGCUCUGGAGAGUAUGGGUCUGGAAGAUAAUGAAUCUUCUACCUACACUCGCCCGGCACCCGAUAAGGUUGCCUACGAGUCUUCUCUGGCUAGCGCCUGCGAUAUCAGUCUGAACACUCGUAUUCUUGCCUUCAAGCCCCCUCCACCAGAGUCCUCUAAGCCAAUUGAUCUCCGCGCCCAGUACAAUCGUCCUCUGCGUCCCGCCAAAUCAAACGCUGCUCAGUUUCGUCGUCGUGUGCAGACUGCGCCUGAGCGAGUAUUGGAUGCCCCAGGUCUUUUGGAUGAUUAUUAUCUCAACUUGCUGGAUUGGAGCUCUGGCAACCAAGUUGCUAUCGGUCUGGAGCGCAACGUUUACGUCUGGUCUGCUGAGACAGGAACUGUCAACUGUUUGCUAGAGACUUCACCGGACACCUACGUGAGUAGUGUGAAAUGGAGUGGCGAUGGUGCUUAUGUUGGUGUUGGCUUGGGCACUGGUGAAGUUCAAAUCUGGGAUGUCGAGGAAGGUAGCAAGCUUCGCAGUAUGCACGGUCAUGACACUCGUGUCGGGGUGAUGGGUUGGUCCAAGCACACUUUGUCCACUGGUGCCAGGAGUGGCCUCGUUUUCAACCACGAUGUUCGUAUCGCUGACCACAAGAUCGCUGAACUUGUUUCGCAUACUUCAGAGGUCUGCGGAUUGGAGUGGCGUUCGGAUGGUGCCCAACUUGCGACGGGUGGCAACGAUAACCUUGUCAACAUCUGGGAUGCCCGCUCCCUCAGUGCUCCCAAGUUCACCAAGACCAACCACCGCGCUGCCGUUAAGGCACUCAGCUGGUGCCCCUGGCAACUUAACUUGCUUGCCACCGGUGGUGGCUCCUACGAUCGUCACAUUCACUUCUGGAAUACCACCACUGGUGCCCGUACCAACAGCAUUGAUACCGGCUCCCAAGUCACUAGCCUGCGGUGGAGCAACCACUACCGUGAGAUCGUUAGUUCCAGCGGCUUCCCCGAUAACUCUCUCAGCAUCUGGAGCUACCCGACCCUGGUGCGCAAUGUGGAGAUCCCUGCCCACGAGACCCGUGUUCUUCACAGCAGUCUGAGCCCCGACGGCCAAAUGCUGGCGACAACUGCUGCAGACGAGAGCUUGAAGUUCUGGAAGGUUUUCGAACGUAAGGCUGGUAGUAGUGCUUCAGCAUCCCGUGAAGGCAGUGUUGGUAGCAAGGCCCAGCUUACCAAGUCUAUGACCAUUCGGUAA